AAUAUUGGUGGGAAGCUUUUGAGAGAAAGCUGUGAAGAAGGUCAGUGAAGGGAAGAUGAAGAUCUUCUUUUCCAGUAGUGAUGAUGAACAGAUGUUGCAGCUGUUGAUGAUGUGAAGAGUCGAGGCAAGACAGAAAGAUCCAGCCACGAAUAUUAAGUUUACAUCAUAUGAAUUUAGGAAUUGAUUUUAUUUUGAUUUUAAGUAGACACUGUUGCAAUGGGUGUUAUAGAAAUGAAUUGAAUCGAAUUGAAGUUGGAUUGGAGGAAUUUUUCAGGGGGUGGGGACCAUACGGUUCAAAGUCCAGGUGUACUUUGUUGUUGGGGGAAACUGGAGUGCCCAGAGAAAAAUCCACUUUCACAGGACAGACGCCGAAUAAUCUAUCUGCCCUGUGCACUGGCUGUAAAAGAAAACAUGAUGUUAUUCCAAAAUUCCUGACCUGCAAGACCACUAAACGAAAUCUUCAAGGCUCUUCUGCUUAUCGUUGCUAUCAAAGAAGGCUGUUGGUAGAAGAAUUGAAAAUUGAAUAUCGCCAAGAAGAGCAACUAACUAAUCAACAUACUGCAGCCAGUCUUGAACUUAAGAAGAAUAUUUCGUGGAUUGACUUUCAUCAUCUCACCAAUCUGAUUGAAAAUCUGAACCUGAAAAACCAUCGCCAGACUUGAACAAACCAAAAUGUCAAGCUUAGAAAACUAAUUCCAGUGACAAAAUCUAGUAACAUAAAUCAUGAUAAUGUUGUUUUCAAUUUUAGUGAUCUUACCUUAAGUGAACAAUGUCAAAAUGCUCUGUGAAAAGGUUGACAUUUUUGUCUAUCUACUUACCCAUAAACUAAGUUUCUUAAGUUACUUUAUUCCAUUUGGAUGUUUCUACAGAACUCUUAAACCCUUUCCUAAUUUUAACAAAAAUAACACCAAAUAUAGAAUGGCUAUCAAAACUUAAUUUAAAAAUGCAGCAUUAUCUUCCUAUAACUUCAACGUCCCUAUUAAAUAUGUUUUUGGUAUUACCAUGUUUUAAUAUUUAAUAUAAAAUUUCGUUUUCCACCUGAUGAAUCAGUUGCAAAUACUGGAAACUAUUUGUGACGGGUUAGGUUCAGAAUUUUUGUUUAGUGGCUGUUUAUAGAG